AUGAUGAACCAGGUCGACACGCUCAGUGGCUCGAUCGCGAAGAGGGCGCUGGAGGUGCGCGAGGCCUACAUUGGCGAUGGCGAUGGCAACAUGAACGAGCUGCCCGGCUGGGCAUGGCUGGUCUUCUUCGCCGACUUCCUUGUCUUCUUUCCUGUGUUCCUCUACAUCGGCUACACACUAGCCCAUAUUUACCCGACUCUCGCCAUGAUAGAGGACCCAGAACCGCCACCAUACGAACCAGUUGACCUCAACGAGGACGCUGACUCCAUCGCCGAAGACAACGCACCGCUCAACGACCGGCCCAUGAAGGUCGACCAGGAGCCCGUCCUCGUCACCUCGUCGCUCCGCCGCAUCAACCGCCUCCUGAUAACCACCGCCGGUUGGACCGCCAACUUCCGUGGUCUGCCCUGCGCCUUCGUCCUCUCCGUCGCCUUGGGCUUCUCCAGCCUCGUCUUCAGCGGCAUCCCAUUCGUGCCCCGCUCCGUCGGCGUCCUGCUGGCAACCCUCGUGACCGUCCAGCUGUCAACAGCUUGGACCCAUAUCGUCAUCUCUGCACCAUCGACCUUGCGCUUCUACCAGCGCCUGCCGCCGUUCCGCAAGACCUUCGAGGCUACCGUCGUUCCCAUUGUCGCCCACUGGGCCGCCACCCAGCUGGUCGGCUACCUGCCUAUUUUCCUGUCCUACAUCCUGGGCCUUGCCCGUUGGGACGUCCGCAACCCGACCCAUGUCCCCGAGUACCAGGGCGACGCCGUCUGGAAGUCGCUCCUCAUCGUCAUCAUCGUGGUGGGAGCCAUGGUCUUCCUGGUCAUCCCUACCCAGGUCGUUCUGGUCCGCGUGCAGGCCAGCCUGCUGCCGCCGGACGAGAGCCCCAUCCUCGCAUUCGACAGGUCCUUCGCUGGCAAGGUCGAACCCCCCGUCGUCGGCGGAAAGGGCUACGUCAACUUCAAGGAUGCCUGGAUGACCUUCUCGCGUCAGAGCUGGAUCCGCCUGUACAAGUUGAUAGGCAAGGUCCUCGUCGUCACCUUCAGCGUUUACAUAGUGGUUGUCGCCAUUGUUGUGCCUGAGUUCAUCCUGAUGGUGAAGGCGAGCAAGCCCGUUGAUUCCAACUAG